GGGGAGCGGAGCCGGCUCCAUGGCGGAGCCCCGCGGGCGGGCGCUGUCGGCGCGGGCGCGGCUCAGCUACGCCGUGGGGCACGUGCUGAACGACCUGUGCGCCUCCAUGUGGUUCACCUACCUGCUGGCCUACGCGCACGCCGUGCUGGGCUACAGCUCGGCGGCCGCGGGCGCGCUGCUGCUGACGGGGCAGGUGGCGGACGGCGUCUGCACCCCGCUCGUGGGCUACGAGUCGGACCGCUCGGCCGGCUGCGGCCGCUACGGCCGGAGGAAGUCCUGGCACCUGGCGGGGACUAUCUGUGUCCUGCUGACUUUCCCCUUCAUCUUCAACCCCUGCCUGGGCUGCCAGGAGAGCACACCCCAGUGGGCAGCUCUCUUCUACUUCAUUCCCUUCAUAAUCAUCUUCCAGUUCGGCUGGGCAGCCACCCAGAUCUCCCACCUCUCACUCAUCCCAGAGCUGGUGACGACCGACCACGAGAAGGUGGAGCUCACUGCUCUCAGGUACGCCUUCACUGUCAUGGCCAACAUCACUGUGUAUGCUGUGGCCUGGCUACUCUUGCACUUCCAGAUUGGGCGCACAGGGCCAGCAGAGCAGAUGGAUCACCUGGGCAAGCAGGACAUCCCCCUGUUCCGGAACCUGUCCCUCAUCGUGGUCGGGCUGGGUGCCCUGUUCUCACUCCUCUUCCACGUGGGCACCAAGGAGAAGAAGCACCCCCAAGCCAGGCCGCCUGACCCCGAGGAGCACACGCCGCUGCUGCAUGGUGGGGGCAGGACCCCCCCACUCCCAUUUAUGCUGUGGAAGCACUGGCUGCUGGAGCCUGCCUUCUACCAGGUGGCGAUGCUGUACAUGGUCACGCGGCUCAUUGUCAAUCUGUCUCAGACCUACAUUGCCAUGUACCUGACCAACUCGCUGCUGCUGCCGAAGAAGUUCAUUGCCACCAUCCCCCUGGUGAUGUACAUCAGCGGCUUCCUUUCCUCAUUCCUCAUGAAGCCAGUGAACAAGUGGAUAGGCCGAAAUCUGACCUACUUUGCAGGGCUACUCAUCAUCCUGGCCUUUGCCACCUGGGUGGCCCUGGAUCGCCAGAUAGGAGUUGAGAUUUAUGGAGCAGCAGUGCUGCUCGGGGCUGGCUCAGCCACCAUCUUGGUCACGUCCCUCUCCAUGACUGCUGACCUGAUUGGGACCAACACGCACAGUGGAGCCUUUGUCUAUGGGGCCAUGAGCUUCACAGACAAAGUGGCCAAUGGGCUGGCAGUGAUGGCCAUCCAGAACCUGCAUCCCUGCCCGACCCAGCUCUGCUGCACUGCUUGUAUUGACUUCUACCACUGGGUGAUGGUGGUGGUCACUGGUGGGGUAGCUGUGGCUGCCACUGUAUGUCUGUGUUGCAUCAUGAUCUGGCCGAUCCAGAUCCGAUUCCAUGAUGUCUCGGUGCUGGGGCUGGCCGGGGAUGCACCCAGGGAGGCUGGGAGUGUUGAAAACAGGAGCCGAAGCAACACGGUCAACUGAGA